AUGUCUCUUGCUACGGAGGCUUUCAUGUCGCAGAUUGCAGCUGCUGAGCCAUGGCCAGAAAAUGCAACCCUAUAUCAACCACUGAGGGAGGAUCAAAUUCUACUCUCAGACUGCGCGUCAUCUCUUGCUGUUCAGGCCUUCCUCAGAAUGUGUGGUUUACCAGUGCAGGUGGUUUGCAGAGCAAAUGCUGAAUACAUGUCACCAUCAGGCAAGAUCCCUUUCAUCCAUGUUGGAAACCAGGUGGUGUCAGAACUUGGGCCAAUUGUUCAGUUUACUAAAGCGAAGGGCCAUUCUCUGAGUGCUGGACUGGAUGACGUCCAAAGAGCUGAGAUGAAAGCGUACAUGGAGCUGGUUAACAACAUGCUCCUCACUGCUGAGUUGUAUGUCCAGUGGUGUGACGAUGCUACGGCUACUGAGAUUUCCCGUCCCAGGUACAGCAGUCCCUACUCAUGGCCCCUGAAUAACAUUCUGGCCUUUCAGAAGCAGUGGGAGGUUCGUAGGAAGAUGAACGCCAUCGGCUGGGGAGGAAAAACCCUGGAGAAGGUUUAUGAAGAUGUAAGUCAGUGCUUUCAGGCUCUGUCGCAAAGACUGGGGACACAGACAUACUUCUUUGCUAAACAGCCUACUGAGCUGGACGCGUUGGUAUUCGGUCACCUCUUCACCAUACUAACCACCAGGCUGACCAACAACGAGCUGGCAGAGAGGAUCAAGAGCUACAGCAACCUGCUGUCAUUCUGCAGACGCAUAGAACAGACCUACUUCGAAGGGAAGCACUCGUGAAGCACCGAGAAAACCCUCGCUGUUGAUCGGACUGAUCUCGGCCAAUACAUUCGCUCUUUGCUCCAUUUUUUUUUCUUUAUUAAGCACUGGGUUUCAACUGAUAUUUCUUAUCAUUCUUUUUUCUUUCCCGUACAUGAUGCUUGUUGUGAACGUAGUUCAGAGAAAUGAUAAAAACAGACUAAACAUAUCCAGCGGCUGCGUAUUAAAAGUAAUCCAUCGUUAAAUGUGUUUCGUUUCAGUGAUUUUUGGCGACGCCAGAUUUCUGCCAUCUUCCUGACUCUGUUCGGUGGAUGAACGGAGAACAAAGUUACAUUUCUCCAAGCAAACCGUGAGAGCAGAUAACUCGGGCUUAAGAGGGUUUCAUGAAAGAGCAACAAUUUUUUAUUAAUAGUUUCAUUAAGAAGAGAAAAGACAAGCAUGGAGCGGUACACUGAGCAGGUCAACUGGUAAAAUCCACAAGUGAAAAAAACAAUGCUGGAAUGUAAGAAAGGAAAGUCUGACUGACCAGGAGAACAAUAAUGAGGCAGAGCACCUACAGAGGAAUGACCCAACCCCAAUGGACAGUGAUUCAAUAAACUAAAGGAGGCCACAGCUUCAUUCAGUGUCAUAGAGGGCGGUAAAGCAGGUGGAAUCAAAUUGUAAAGAAGGACUUAAGAGAGUGGUGUUUUUUUUAACCUUGGAGUAGCAAACCUGGAAUUCAGGAAAAGAAAUGGUAGCACCAGGAAGGGAUACGUAACACAAUUACAGGAAGAGGAAGUGGGCGGUGACCUGUACAAGACAGGGGGCCGUGUUCUUCCACCAUCUAACAUUUUCACCAACUGGACAUAAAGGUAAAUGGAAAUUUGAAGAAAAGCGUAGGACUGGAAAAAAAAUUGUAUCCAAGUGAAACCACCUGACGCCCUUGACCAGGGAUGGAAUAACAAAAAAAAAAAAAAGAGUUGGAGUUUCUGGGGUUUUGACCUUCUUUAAAGAACAAGGGAAUUAAUAAUAAUUUAAAAAUUAAGUUUUAUUUUUCAAGAGAUUGUCAGACUUGCUGCUCAGGUCCAGAGAGGAAAUCUGGAAAGACGAAAAUCCACAUCAGGCUUCAGUGGUUAUUCCACAGUAAACGAAAGGAGUUGACCUGAAGAAGAUUCAAAUCAAAGUCCAGCACGAACAUCCUACAAGUGGUUUCCAAACCGCUUUUCAGCGGUCGGUUCCAACUACAGCCUGUCAAAUACAGCAGGACCAACACAGGAAGACGCCUCUUAGGAUUUUGUUACUGAGGAUUACCUGUGGUCAGCGGUCAC